AAAAUUAUCAACAAUUAGGAACAUGAUCCAGGCCCAGCGUCAGCGAAUCGAGUCCGCCGUGACGGAAGCCAUCGAAGACAUGGACAAGACGCACCUGCGCAGAAUGCAGAAUGAGAUGCAUCUGUGCGCCGCCAAGUGCUGCCAGGAUGGAACGUCCUCCGCGGACAGCGUCCAGAGGUGCGUCGAUCGCUGCUCCACGCCCAUGACACGAGCCCAAAAUUAUGUGCAGCACGAACUGGGAGAAUUUCAAGGAAGACUGCAGCGUUGCGUCAUGCAAUGCAACGACGAUGUGAAGGUGAAGAUGCCGCCCAACCCCAAUGAAGACCAAAUAGCCAAAUACACCGACCAAUUCGAGCGCUGUGCCGUCCAGUGUGUGGACAAGCAUGUGGGCCUUAUACCCGGCAUGAUGAAGACGAUGAAGGCUGUGCUCUCGAAGGGACCCGAGGGCAUUCCUCAAGUCUAGUUGCAUUUCUAAUAAUAUAUUAGGCAGAGCUCGCAAGGAUGGGUAUCACCCGUAUCGAUCGAAAGUCUGCAGAACGCCCGGUUGUCCGGGGGCUUGGGAGAACGACUCGCCCUUUUUAUAACGGAUCGCUUUACAGAACGAGAGCAGUAUGCUUGCUUUUCCGAAAGAUCUUUUGCAUGCCUCUCUCGAGGACGAUACAAUCAAGCCAAGCAUCAAAUACAAAACUUAGUUACGAACGGGAGAAUUGUCUGCGGUAUAAGAGAGCUUCGGCAGAGCUAAAAGAGGAAGGAGUGCAUUCGAAUGAUCUGAUUGAGUCCAUUUUACGAGCUCUGCUAUUAAGUUGUUGAAACUCGUUUACCUUAAUUACCGUGCAAAUAUAUAGUGUUAUUAGCUCUGGAGCUCAUUUUACACUUUUACCUAUCUAUACAACUUCCUGGAGUCAUGUUUCCAUCACAUUUUUAAAUACAAAAUUCACAUGAAAAACUGUCAAAGCCA